UGUUGCUGAGGCAUACAGUAAGGAAGACGACGGCGAAAAUGGCUCGGAGCAUCUCAUACAUUACUGAAUCUCAGCUUCUCUCUCUUAAACGCCGCCCAAACAUCGCCAUCAUAGAUGUCAGAGACGAGGAAAGGAGCUAUGAUGGGCAUAUAGCAGGAUCUUUGCACUACGCGAGUGAUUCUUUCUCUGAUAAGAUGUCCAAUCUCAUUCAAGAUGUCAAAGGCAAAGACACCCUUGUCUUCCAUUGCGCUCUAAGCCAGGUUCGCGGCCCAACUUGUGCGCGGAAGUUAGUAAAUUAUUUUGAGGAGGUGAAGGAUGAUGCAGGGAUUAAAAACGUCUUGGUUCUCGAACGCGGCUUCAAUGGCUGGGAAGCCUCCGGUCGACCUGUUUGCCGCUGCAACAAGAAACCGUGCAAAGGUGAGAGCACAUCAGAAGUUGCAUAGCUGCCAUCUUUGAUAGAGAAGAAGAUUAUGAUGAUGGGAUGAACAUUUAGAAUUUACAUAUAUUGUAUCUGCCUACAAAAGUGCGUGCUUAAACGACAUUAUUCACUUCCAACUGAUAUAAAAUACAAAAGUAGUUUUCUGAUUCA